GUAAUUAGAAAAACAUUGCUUAUUGCUUUUAGUUGAGUCAGUCCGGCGAAAUAGAUGUCUUAUCUAUACAAGAAUAACACAUUUUCAUUCUCAACGUGUUCCAAUUUGGCGCCAAUAGCAACCGACCCAGGUAAUGCAUAUGUAGCGCAUGCACGUCAACCAUUUUCCCCUUUCUCUGUUUAUACAUGCCAUAUGUAUCCAUGGUGAAUAUGUUUGGCCACAACGAACGAUCGGAGUGACAAAGACACAGUAACCGGUGCUUAUUUCCCAAAUUUUUCCCAUAACUUCUUCACUUGAAAAAAAACCUCCAAGAGUGAAAAGUUGGCUCCAUCGACAAUUUUCAAUCUUGGCUUUGUUUGCAUUCACUGGGCUUCAUGCACACAGGUCAGGGAAUGAAUUCGAGCGAGAAGCAGCUCGAGAAAAGCACUUCGGUCACCAAUUCAUUGCUUCCGGAGUCCAGCUCCUGUGAAUCGGCGAAUAGCAGCAGCAGCAGCAACUGGGAUAAAACGGAUUACAGUUCGUUUCUUUCGGAAAAACCAUCCGAUCGAGAUGAGGAUGCGUUAAGCUGCCGGUCGGAUGCGUCUUCUGUGUCCCGCGAAAAACGUCACUACGGAGCGUUCCAAGUUGACCUAAUGAGCUCCGAGCCGGAAGAUUUUGACGAAAGUGGCCAUCUGUUCCAUAUGGAUAUUAUGAAGGAUAGCUUGAGCGAUAUUUCGUUACCGGUGGCGAGAAGAGUGGUUCAGGAAAAAUGUAAAAGCGCCCAGAAUCUGUCCUUUUCGCGACAACGAGUGCGAGAGAUUGAGAGGCAUAAUCAGCUCCUGCUGCAGAAAAUUAUGACCAGCAAGCCGACAUUGAAAACGAUGCCAAAAAGCAGCGCACCGGUAAUUAAAACGCCCGUACCAAACAACUCACGUAUCACGAGUGCCGCCUUGAACCGGAAGAAGAAACAACGGCAAAUCGACCUUGACAAUCAGGUUCUCCGGAAGAAGCUGGAGAAAAUCGAACGAUCUCGGCGUUCUAUUUUUUGAGCAGUGUAACAAAAUGAAUCAUAUUUUUUCGGCAUCACUUUCAUAUUGGUUCGAGAGGAAUAAUAAUAGAAUACGUUAUAAUUGAAGAAACGAAAUUACUGGUUGAACGGCAAUGCUCAAAACAAAAUGGAUCUAAUUUUAUUGAACAAUCAAAAUCAAGAAAGAGAAAUAUAUAUUUUCAAGAGUGUUUUGUAAAGU